AUGGACAAUGGAAUGUUUUCUAGCUUUAUCAUGAUCAAAAACCUCCUUCUCUUUUGUAUUUCCAUGAACUUAGCCAGUCACUUUGGCUUUUCACAAAUGCCAACCAGUUCAGUAAAAGAUGAGACCAAUGACAACAUCACAAUAUUUACCAGAAUCUUGGAUGGGCUCUUGGAUGGCUAUGACAAUAGACUGCGGCCUGGCCUUGGAGAGCGAAUCACUCAGGUGCGGACGGACAUCUACGUUACCAGCUUUGGCCCAGUAUCCGACACGGAAAUGGAAUAUACCAUAGAUGUGUUUUUCCGACAAAGCUGGAAAGAUGAAAGGCUUCGGUUUAAAGGGCCCAUGCAGCGCCUCCCUCUCAACAAUCUUCUCGCCAGCAAAAUCUGGACCCCAGACACAUUCUUUCACAACGGGAAGAAGUCCAUCGCCCACAAUAUGACCACGCCCAACAAGCUGCUGAGGCUGGAGGACGAUGGCACGCUGCUCUACACCAUGCGCUUGACUAUUUCUGCAGAAUGCCCAAUGCAACUUGAGGACUUCCCGAUGGAUGCCCAUGCUUGCCCUCUGAAAUUUGGCAGCUAUGCAUAUCCUAAUUCCGAAGUUGUCUAUGUGUGGACUAAUGGAACCACUAAGUCAGUGGUGGUGGCAGAAGAUGGCUCCAGGUUGAACCAGUACCACUUGAUGGGGCAGACAGUAGGCACUGAGAACAUCAGCACCAGCACAGGUGAAUACACAAUCAUGACAGCUCAUUUCCAUCUGAAGCGGAAGAUUGGGUACUUUGUCAUCCAGACCUACCUUCCCUGCAUAAUGACCGUGAUCUUGUCACAAGUGUCCUUUUGGCUGAACAGAGAAUCAGUCCCUGCCAGGACAGUGUUUGGGGUGACCACGGUGCUGACCAUGACGACCCUCAGCAUCAGUGCUCGGAACUCUCUACCCAAAGUGGCUUAUGCGACAGCCAUGGACUGGUUCAUAGCUGUGUGCUAUGCUUUCGUGUUCUCUGCGCUGAUUGAGUUUGCCACCGUCAACUAUUUCACAAAGAGAGGCUGGGCCUGGGAUGGCAAAAAAGCCUCAGAAGCAGCCAAGGUCAAGAAGGAGCGGGAACUCAUACUAAGUAAGUCAACAAAUGCUUAUACUACUGGGAAGAUGACCCACCCCCCCAACAUCCCAAAGGAACAGACCCCGGCAGGGACCUCAAAUGCAUCUUCAGCCUCAGUAAAGCCUUCCGAAGAGAAAACUUCUGAAAACAAAAAGACUUACAACAGCAUCAGCAAGAUUGACAAAAUGUCCCGAAUUGUAUUCCCAGUCUUGUUUGGCACUUUCAACUUAGUUUACUGGGCAACAUAUUUGAAUAGGGAACCGGUGAUUAAAGGGGCUGCCCCUCCAAAAUAA